CUUUCUUAUUGGCCUGAAUUAUAAAUUACCAUAGGCUUUUUUAUCAUAGCCUCUUGCCGACAUACUCGAGCGAAAAAAGAAAGCAAAAAAGACCGAAACGAAGAAAAAAGUAAAAAAAAAUGGGGGCAUACACGUAUGAUGGCGUAUAUCACUCGACCAUGAGAUCACGUCAAAGUUUGGCUUUUUCGUGAAAACGUGUUCGACGAAAGAUUUUUCGAAAACUUCAAAUAGGGGAGGGGGGGGGGUAAGAUAAACACAACCGGCAGUAGGAAAUACAAUCGAAAAUAAUGACAAACCGAAGUAACUAUUUAUGUCGCGUUUGUCUCUCGUCGAGCAACGAUAAUCAACGCAUCUUUUCCACGAACGAAAGUGCGCACGAGACGAGAGACAAGAGCGUGCACGACUUGUCGGAAAAGAUACGAUUGUGCGGAGGUAUCGAGGUUCUCGAGAACGACGGAUUACCGGAGCAUAUCUGUAUAAAAUGUAUCUCGAGGGUCAACGCGGCCCACGAACUCAGGGAACAAUGUCAACGCGCGGAUGCGAAGCUGAGAGAAUUAUAUGGCAAAGCGAUCAAGACUGGUAACGCUUUGAGAUAUGCCACGGUAAAAGAUCAAUAUUGUCAAACCGACAAAUGUUUUCAAGUUCUGACGGAAGAAGCAGACAGUCGUUCUUCUUUACGCAAGGACUUGGUCGUUUGUAAUAACGACAGUUCUCCCCUGUCUCUAAAAAGUACUGUGCCAGUAUCAAAUGAAUUCAACGAUAAUCCUAAGACCGAUAAUGAGAUAUCGCCGGAUAUGGAUAAUAAGUUUGAGCGGUCGAUGCAAGAGUUAUCUGUCGUCAAAAGAGAAGCUUAUCGUACGAGAAGAUUGACGAUGUUCAAAAGAGUUACCUCGAUGGAAAAUUUGAGAAAUCACAAAGAAAGACAAAGGCAGUAUAUAAAGAAAAAUGGUAAUGCGAAACACGACGCUGCUGAAAAAGACGGGCCUAUAAAUACUGAAAGCGCGUGUAAUAAGGUAGCCAGAGUUUCUGUUGCGGAUUCUGAAUUAAAUCUCGAAUGUCCUCGAUGUGACAGAUCUUAUUCCAGUAAGAAAUCUUUGGAGAGGCAUAUUUUAACUCACGACGAAAAGGAACUCAAAUGCGAAAAGUGCGAGAAACAAUUCUUUCACGUCGACAAAUUACUCCAACACGGUAAACAUCACAGGUCGAAACAAAAGUCAAAUUUGGUACCGUGCAAAAUAUGUAAUAAAAGUUUUAGGAAAACCGACACUAUGGUACGGCAUUUGAAUGUUCACAAAAGAGUCAAUCCUAAGGAAGUAUUUUCUAUAUUGAAAGAAAUCAGGGAUAGGAGAAAGCUGGAAAACAGCGUGCAAUCUUUAGAGAUUAAUAAUCGAUUAGUCCCUUCCGUACAAGAUCAGAAAAAUGUAGAAGAUAGAAAGGCGUUCGAUAGCGGCGUCAACGAUCCGAUAAAAAAUUUAACGAAACAAGUAUCGGACGCAGAGGAGAAAAUCGAUAAUUUUUAUACGUCCAGUUCUGAUUCUAAUAGCGACAAUAAAUCCGAUUCUUUCGACAAGGUACCACUUUAUCGUUGCAAACAUUGCAACAAAUGUUAUUCCGCGGAAAGGUCCCUUCAGCGUCAUCUGUUGAUGCACGACGAAAAGAAAUUUGUAUGCAAUGUUUGUAACAUGAAAUUCUUUCGGCAGGACAGACUUAAGAGCCAUAGAGACAGAUAUGGACACGACGAGGAUAAAGAUUGUUCUAUACCUCAAAAACCACCGGACGACAAGUCGGCCAUUAAAUUAAUAAACAGUUGGAUCAGAGAAGAAUUAGAUUCCGAUAACGAAGGGAAGGGUUUCCCUUGCGAGAUCUGUGGUAAAUCUUACGACACGAAGAAAUCGUUGUUGAAACAUCAGACCAACGCUCACGAUGUACAAGAAGAAAAUUGUGCAAGCUGCGGUAAGGAAUGUGGGUGUGCUGUCAAGCGUAAAGGAACUCGGAAAAGUAACGAAAAGGUGAAAAUUUUUACGUGCAUGGAAUGCAAUAAAACCUUUGAAAAGGAAAUCAAGUUACAAAGGCAUAUGCGAAUACACGAACGUACGAAAGAACAACAAGAUUCGAAUUUCAAAAGGUUUUUGUGUCAUAUUUGUAGCAAAACUUUCAGACAAAAUACAGGUCUUAUGUUUCACAUGAGAACCCAUACAGGAUACAAGCCUCAUGUUUGUAAGUAUUGCGGACGAGGAUUUACGUCAAAUUCAAAUUGUAUUAAUCAUGAGAGAACGCACACCGGCGACAGGCCAUUCGUCUGCCACUUUUGUAGCGCUGCUUUUGCUAAAUCUUGCACUCUCAAGGCGCACAUCACUACGCAUACCGGCGAAGCCAAUUAUCACUGCAAAACUUGCGGCAAGUCUUUCAGAAGAUUAAAAUACUUGAAGGAACAUAGAUUCACCCAUACGGGGGAGAAACCGUAUGCGUGCAAAAUAUGUGGCACGGCUUACAGCCAUUCCGGGAGCUUGUUCGUUCACGAAAAGAAAUGUAAAGCCCAGUACAAUAAUUAUCAAGCCACGCCGACUCCAAAUACGCAAGAUUACGGACAACCUCAGGGAAAUGUCUGCGCGAGCACGCCGGUUAUUGCUCCUAUUGUUUCAACGCUGCCGCAAUCUCAUUUAAGUAAUAUCGGUGGUAGUUUAAGUUCUCAAGCGAAUAAAAGUUAUAUGGACAGCGUUCAAAGGAUGAACGCGCAUGCUGCUGCCGCCGCAGCUGCGGCCGUAGUCGGUACGUCUUCGUUGCAUGUACAUCCUAGUCCGGAUAUUCCAGACGUAGCAUCGGCAGUAAGAAACAUCGCUAUCAUCGGACAAGUAUUUUACUCUUAAAGAUCAAAUUGCAAGGAGAAAGAAAGGAAAGCUAACCAGAACCCUUCUGUGAUACAUGACAAUUUUUAACAAGUCCCCUUGUAAAGCGUUAAGAUACGUCGUAUAUGUCGAACGCGUGCUAUGAUAGAGAAAUAUUAACAAUUUUUUUUUUCUUUUUUGCGGAUCCCUACGCGGAUUAUACCGUAUCGUUAUCGGGUUAAUGGGGGUACGCGACGUAGAAUUAUAUUUUUCAUUUACGAGGAUGAACGAAUUUAGAACGUUCGAUGUAAUUUUACGUUGGAACGAAACGCGUAACAUGUAUCAUCGGCGUAAUGCCAAAUUGGCGAAUAGAAGGAAUAUUUCCUACAGGGAAAGAAGAUGAUGCAUCUAUUACGGAUAAGGAACGUUCGCUUCGAUCGAUAUUUUUAUUAAAAUUCGAAUCCCGUUUUACGAGUUAUCCACAUACGUUACUCUCAAAGUGACUUUAUCUGUUACAAGUAUCGUUGAGCGGUCUCGCAGAUUUUGUUUCUUAUAUCGAAUUAAUUCGUUGUAAAUAGAUAUUCGGUGAUUGUAAUUAAUUCGACGAUUCGACGAUUCGACAACAAAUUUCACAUUGUAUAAUUG